AUGCUUCAGAGGUCAGAGGAGCCGCUGGAUGAGUUUGAGCUCAAGAAAUACAACACAUCAGCUGAGGGAAGAAGAAGACUGAUACCAGCUGUGAUCAACUGCAGAAAAGCUCUAUUUUCUGGCUGUGAUCUCUCAAAUCAGCAUUGUAAAAUUGUGUCUUCAGUCCUUCAAUCCUCAAACUCUGUCUUGAGAGAACUGGAUCUGAGUAACAAUGACCUGCAGGAUUCAGGAGUGAAGCUGCUCUCUGAUGGACUGAAGAGUCUAAACUGUAAGCUGCAGAUACUGAGGUUGUCUGGCUGUAUGGUGACAGAGAAAGGCUGUGGCUAUUUGUCUUCAGUUCUGAGUUCAAACCCUUCACACCUGAGAGAGCUGGAUCUGAGCUACAAUCACCCAGGACAAUCAGGAGUCCAGCUGCUCAAACACAAACUGCAGGAUCCAAACUAUAAACUGCAGAUACUCAAUGUGGAUCGUGGAGGAAAGAAGAUGAUGACAGCAGGACCACGAAAAUGUAGGUCCAGAAACACAGACACACACACACACACACACACACACAGAGAUUGUU